CGUUGCUCAAAGACAAUGUGUGAAAGCUUCUGCUUUAUAAUUGCUGGCCACCUUGAUAAUCCAGUUUUUGAAAUGGAGUUUUUGCCACCUGGGAAAGCAGAAUCCAACGUUGACCAUCAUCAUCUGAAUUGGCUCAUCACUCACACUGCCCUCAGCCCCAUAGCUGAGAACAUGCGGCUGCCCAACCAUACAGACGGGUACACUGCGGACCAAUUCAAGAACUGGUUUGUUUCGGCAUUUGUUCCUGUAGGUCACGUGCUUCCUGACAGAAGGCAAGAAGAUGGAAUAAAGCACUUCUUUAUUGAUGACUGUGAUUUAUACAUAAAGUUUGCAAUGAAUCCACAUUAUGAACCCAAUUCUCCUGUUUGAUCAAGCGCAAUUGACAGAAAAGUUCAGUUUCUUGGGAAGGAACACCUUUUAAGUUGAGUGCAGAAAAUUUUGGAAAAUAACAAUGUUGCUACAAUGGGGUAUUGUCAGGAAUGUGUAUAUUGUAAGUA